UGUUAGUGCUACUGGCAAGAACACGUAACGUUAGCUAGCUAACAAAGCUCGAAAUGCAACAUCUCAAGGAAAAAGGUCCCUUUCUUCCCACAGCGUCUCUGCGUCUUUUGGUUCCUCCACUGCGGCUGGUGUCUGCAGCUCUAUGGCAGGUUGUUCAGCGGAGAGACAUCGUGGACUACGGCUCGGUGGAGGAGUUUGUCAUCACUGUGUUGGACAUAGUCCCGGAUCUGAUGACUUACAGAGAGAAAGUCCAACUCAUCAUGGGCCUGAGAGCACAGCUGGUUCUGAAGUUGUUGCACUCAGAACACCUAGCUGACUCUGACACCAUCCAGUCACACCUGAAUAGAAUGAAGACCUGCAGCAUCACUCAUAGGGACAACCAGGUGAGUGUCACUCAGAACACCUAGCUGACUCUGACACCAUCCAGUCACACCUGAAUAGAAUGAAGACCUGCAGCAUCACUCAUAGGGACAACCAGGUGAGUGUCACUCAGAACACCUAGCUGACUCUGACACCAUCCAGUCACACCUGAAUAGAAUGAAGACCUGCAGCAUCACUCAUAGGGACAACCAGGUGAGUGUCACUCAGAACACCUAGCUGACUCUGACACCAUCCAGUCACACCUGAAUAGAAUGAAGACCUGCAGCAUCACUCAUAGGGACAACCAGGUGAGUGUCACUCAGAACACCUAGCUGACUCUGACACCAUCCAGUCACACCUGAAUAGAAUGAAGACCUGCAGCAUCACUCAUAGGGACAACCAGGUGAGUGUCACUCAGAACACCUAGCUGACUCUGACACCAUCCAGUCACACCUGAAUAGAAUGAAGACCUGCAGCAUCACUCAUAGGGACAACCAGGUGAGUGUCACUCAGAACACCUAGCUGACUCUGACACCAUCCAGUCACACCUGAAUAGAAUGAAGACCUGCAGCAUCACUCAUAGGUACAACCAGGUGAGUGUCACUCAGAACACCUAGCUGACUCUGACACCAUCCAGUCACACCUGAAUAGAAUGAAGACCUGCAGCAUCACUCAUAGGGACAACCAGAUUUGUGAUCCUGAGGUGGAGGCAUCAGAAUCCAACUUCCUGAAGCUGAUUAAAACGCUGCUGGAAGACCCAGUUGAGAGAGAACGCUUCUUUCAGAACGUUUUUCCAGAGGAAUUCGGCCCAAAGUAUCACUCCGCACUGCAGACUCUGGUGUGGGAGUUCCUCUCCAGACUGGAGAAUCUGCUUCCAACACCGACCCUUCAACAGACUGCAUCUUGGUUUCUCCCUGACCCCUCUGUCCUGGAGGAGUGUGGGCAGUCUGUGCGUCACCCUCAACCUUUGAGGACCCUUCUCCAGUACCACACCAACCUUUCUCCAGUCCCACAUGUUGAGGCCAAUGACAACCACAUCCUGUCUCCAUCUCCCCGAGAGUCAUUCACUGACCAAGCUGACCCAGAGAUCCAAUCAGAACCCUUACAGACAUUUAUGACCAUUCAAAGCCCUGCAUCAUAUUACUUUGAGUCAGAAACACCUUCGCUGGAUUACAGGGAGAGUCAACAAGGGAUGAAUUUAGACCGCACUGCAAAUGUCGACAUUCUGCCUUUGAAUGAAGAGGUAGAGUGUGUAAACAAGGAAACUCUUGACAAAGAGAGUGAAAUGGAUCAAGUUUUUCUUCACCUUCGUGCUGACAGUGGGCCGAAAAUCCAACCAGGAGCUCACCGCUUCGAAAAGGAAAUGCAGGACAUUUCUAAUGUGUCUACGUCCUGUCGGCUCCUUAAGCCCACGGUGCUGCUGCACAGACUUGACAUUACUGAUAUGCUGUCACCUGUGUCAGAGGUCUUUCCAACGCCGAGCAGAGAGAGGCUUCAGAUUGACAAUGUGGAAACCCAAGGACAGAGAGAAGGACGGGUCAUAUCACAAAAGAGCGAGAGGAAUGUCGACGUAGAGCCCUCAGAUAGCCAGCCUCAAUAUCCUCUGGUCCCUGGCCUAUGCCAUACUAAGAGGAGUGUCGACGUAGAGCCCUCAGAUAGCCAGCCUCAAUAUCCUCUGGUCCCUGGCCCAUGCCAUACUAAGAGGAGUGUCGACGUAGAGCCCUCAGAUAGCCAGCCUCAAUAUCCUCUGGUCCCUGGCCCAUGCCAUACUAAGAGGAGUGUCGACGUAGAGCCCUCAGAUAGCCAGCCUCAAUAUCCUCUGGUCCCUGGCCCAUGCCAUACUAAGAGGAAUGUCGACGUAGAGCCCUCAGAUAGCCAGCCUCAAUAUCCUCUGGUCCCUGGCCCAUGCCAUACUAAGGGGCAGCCUAAAAGAAGCAUGCGUGUCAAAAUAUGCUCCUUGUGUGGGAAAACUUUCAGGGAAGCAAAGGAUUUGACAGCACACAUAACAUCUCACACUGAGCAGAGGCCUUACCAGUACACCCUGUGUAGACGAGACGUUGAACACCAUGAGGACUUACAGAAACAUCGUCAGAAUGUGUGUGAGGUGGCAAUUCAACCAGAAGAGGAUAACACGUCUGCGACAUCUACGGAGGAUUGCACAGAGAUAUCCCAGCCCCACGACACUUUACCCCAGAGAAGGCACAUGAAAAUCCAACGUGGUAAACCAAGACAGUCUUCCAAAGUCACCAAAUGCUCCCUGUGUGAUAAGACCUUCAGUAAGGCAUCACACAUGGGGAAGCACAUGAGAUACACACAUGGGAAGCUCCUGUGCCUCAACUGUGGGGAUGUUUUUGAGAACUCCACUUUGAAGAAACAUAAAAAAGUGUGUUUGAAGACAAAGAAACGUCUCUCUUGCUCUCUGUGCGGGGACACCUUUGAUCUCUCUGAGCCAAACGAGCGUGAGGACGUGAACCCACAGCAACUUCCGAGGAAGGCUCUUCCAGAGGCCAGCGCUCUUUUAGCAGCAGUAGAAAAUGCGACAGAGAUACCUCAGCCCUCAAACACAACACCCCAAAACCCAACCACCUCCAAUGCUCUGCCCUUUCAGCUAGCUAAUCAUUACAGAAAAUGCCUUUUAUGUAAAGAAGCUUUUGAUAAUGGAGAAGACCUGAGAAGACAUCUGAGAUUUCAACAUGGUGUACUUCCUUACCUGUGCUUCAAAUGUGGGGAGAGUUUCCAAAGCACAUCUGAUCGGGAGAAACACUCGGACGAGUGUUCCGGUCAAAACAUUCCAGAUUCCAGAAAGUGUCCCGGGUGCAGGACAAGGACUUCUCAAUAUAGGCAGCAGCAGGAAAUGACAAGUCAGGAAGUGAACCUUAAAAGACACCAGACAGCCUGGCCACUACAUACAGGGGAAAAGGAGAUGGAGAUCCCACAGUCCAGCAGCACAGACGUUGACUUCUCAAAUGACUCUCAGCAACACCAGAUAAACCAAUCAGUCAAUCAAUCAAACUUAUUGGUAAGGUGCUUUUUCGAUCAGCGAACUGCUCUCGCAGUAAGUCGGUCUGGACCCCGAAGAGCCAACCAGUGUGAUGAGAGGAACAUUCAGACACAGCAAGACUUUAAUGAGGAAGUCAAUCCAAGCCAAACACUAAGGGAGGUUGACCCAGCAGGUGAAAGCACAUCUCAGCCUUCAAGGGGGAACGGGAUAGAGACUCCCCACAGUACUGAAUCCCACAACCCAACAACCUGCCAUGCUUCCCCCACUCUGCCCCCCGGUGUGAAUUUAGAUUCUAGAACAUGUCACGUGUGCUCUAAGAGUUUUCGUAGGAAACAAUCCCUGAUUUUGCAUCUGAGACGUCACGGUGAGGGGGCCAUUAAGUGUCCCAUAUGUUCAAGGUGCUUUGGUCGCAACAGGGAUUUAAAGUUUCACCUAGCCAACAAAUCAGGUUGUGGGCCACUGCGCCGUAAUCUUACCACCGUAAUCGUUCCCACAAAAGACACGUCGGUCUUCACUUGCCCCGAAUGUCUGCAACAGUUCACAAGCGAAAAGAAACUGAAAUCCCACAUGGUAUGUCACACAGGAGAUGGCUUCUCCUGUAGCUUUUGUGGCAAAAUGUUUGCCGGACAUAAUCAAUUAAAGUUUCAUAUUCGUUGUCAUAGUUACAGGCCUUAUCUGUGUGAUACGUGUGGCAAGGAUUUCCCAUCUCAGAGUGCGUUGGAAUCCCACGAGCGCGUGCACACAGACGAGCGGGCGUACUCUUGCACAGAUUGCGGGAAAAGCUUUAAGCGGAAGGGAACCCUGACGCAACAUCGACUGAUUCAUACGGGAGAGCGGCCGUUUGCCUGCACUCUUUGUCGAGUACGUUUUACCACCAAUAAGCAUCUGAAACUGCACAUGAUGUGUCACACGGGGGAGAGGCCUUUUAAAUGUCCGGUUUGUGGGAAGGGCUUUAGACAGAAAGGCGAUUUGAGGCAACAUCAACCUUUGUGUUCCUAGUUGCCUUGGCGCUCAAGAGUUAAGAUAAAAGAGUUCUUAUGUUCUUAUUGUGUCUGGCAGUAUUCAGACGUAAUGUACUUCCGUCUCACCCUGCGUUCAUAACAUCUGGUACAUUUGUGAAUAGCAGCAAUCCGACUGAAAAAUCCACUUGAACGCCUCUCCAACUGGUAAUUACUUGUCGGGAAACUCGUCUGUCAUCUCUGAGCUUCCGACUUCUGCCACAUGCUGAACUCUGAUGUCACAUACAAAGGACAUGACCUUUGAUAACAGCAUUUUUAGCAGUUAAAUGCAACAACAAAACAUUAUUUAUAAAAAUAAAAUAAAAAAUCUAUUCAUGUUUUUUGAAAACAAGUUGUUAGUGAGCAGGUUGCUGUUUAUGGUUGACACAGCUUUGCCAUCAGCCAAUCAGCGUUUUCUAAAUUGGUUCAAAGCAUGUGAAUGUACUCAACUCGUUGCUCCCAGUUUCCCGUUUUGCCGUGAAGGCAGCAUAAAGCCCGCGGGAAGUGCCGCAGGUGCAUUCCAAGACGGUUUGGAAUGGAGACUUCAACUUACGAUUUUGACGAGGUUAUCAAUUAGCCUAUUAGACCAAUGUCAAUAGGGAUGUUUCCAAAUGCAAUACAUCUUAUUCCGCCCGUCGCAUAAAUAAGACCUAUUAAGUACGACAGGAAUGGUUUAAUUUCUUUGUCUUGCACAAUUGUCCAUGGCUGUCUUAUUGCAACGAUCCAUAACUUUCUGAGAGGAGAUCAAUAUUGUCGGGUAUCUGAUUCGAGGAAUCACUGAAGACUGAAAUGCUGAUAAAAUGCUGUUGGAACAGACCUCUCAGUGGGCAGAUGUUCCGUUGGGUUCAUUGUUUAGGAGUAUGAUGCAUUGCCCAGUUGUAACAGACCUCUCAGUGGGCAGAUGUUCCAUUGGGUUCAUUGUUUAGGAGGAUGAUGCCCUGCCCUGUUGUAACAGACCUCUCAGUGGGCAGAUGUUCCAUUGGGUUCAUUGUUUAGGAGUAUGAUGCACUGCCCUGUUGUAACAGAUCUCUCAGUGGGCAGAUGUUCUAUUGGGUUCAUUGUUUAGGAGGAUGAUGAGGCACUGCCCUGUUGGAACAGACCUCUCAGUGGGCAGAUGUUCCAUUGGGUUCAUUGUUUAGGAUGAUGCCCUGCCCUGUUGUAACAGACCUCUCAGUGGGCAGAUGUUCCACUGGGUUCAUUGUUUAGGAUGAUGCACUGCCCUGUUGUAACAGAUCUCUCAGUGGGCAGAUGUUCCAUUGGGUUCAUUGUUUAGGAGGAUGAUGAUGCACUGCCCAGUUGUAACAGAUCUCUCAGUGGGCAGAUGUUCCACUGGGUUCAUUGUUUAGGAGGAUGAUGAUGCACUGCCCUGAUGUAACAGACCUCUCAGUGGGCAGAUGUUCCACUGGGUUCAUUGUUUAGGAGGAUGAUGCCCUGCCCUGUUGUAACAGAUCUCUCAGUGGGCAGAUGUUCCAUUGGGUUCAUUGUUUAGGAGGAUGAUGCCCUGCCCUGUUGUAACAGACCUCUCAGUGGGCAGAUGUUCCACUGGGUUCAUUGUUUAGGAGGAUGAUGCCCUGCCCUGUUGUAACAGACCUCUCAGUGGGCAGAUGUUCUAUUGGGUUCAUUGUUUAGGAGGAUGAUGAUGCACUGCCCUGUUGUAACAGACCUCUCAGUGGGCAGAUGUUCCACUGGGUUCAUUGUUUAGGAUGAUGAGGCACUGCCCUGUUGUAACAGACCUCUCAGUGGGCAGAUGUUCCAUUGGGUUCAUUGUUUAGGAGGAUGAUGAUGCACUGCCCUGUUGUAACAGAUCUCUCAGUGGGCAGAUGUUCCAUUGGGUUCAUUGUUUAGGAGGAUGAUGAUGCACUGCCCAGUUGUAACAGACCUCUCAGUGGGCAGAUGUUCCACUUCUACUAUUUCCACACAAAAAAAAACUGUUACUUUUAGUUCAUUUUGAAUUCUCCAUAUUGAAUGAGUUAAUAUUGAAUGAGUUAAUUUUGAAUUCUCCAUAUUGAAUGAAAUAAUCUAAUCUGUUGAAAAAGGUUUAUUUUUUUUAAUGACAAACUUCUUAGCUUUGUAAAACAGCUAAUUGUAUAUAUCCUUUACAAAACUGCAACUAUAUGUCUACAAUAAUUGUAAUAUAAUAAACAUAACAGCAACCCAUG